AUGGUAUCCCUAUCACAGCCUCUAGUCUCAAGCAACACUGCCAAAAACUUCGUCCUCGAGGGUAGAUCCCAUUGGCCCGUAGGCGAAUCUGCUCCGUCUUCACUCCAUGGACGUCAAUCAUCAAAGGCGCAGGAAGCUAAAGUCACCAAGGAAAAACCUUUCAAACGGCUAAGCAUCGAAAUGCGAGACCUAGCUCAAUUUGUUUGA